AUGAGUGCCAAGAGGAAGGUGGAAAGUGACUCGUGGGCCGCCAACAGGCCUCGCGUCAUGAAGUCUCAUGGCAACUCCCGAGCCGACUCGGAGAGAGACUCUGGAUUCUCAGAUGCGAGCUCAGAGCACACGGGAACCAUGGACAACACUGACUCUGACGACUCGCCACGGCCUUUCGUGAGGCCGGGAACCCGGACGCCCGCUUCCAGACAGCUGGCUGUGGUAGGGGGGUCCUACUCUGGCAUGUCCCCCAUGAUCAUCAUGAACAAUGUGCUCCUCAAACAGCCCGGUGACAACCCGCCAGCCAUGAAACCCUGGAGCUUUAGUCCUAGCGUUGAGGUUGUCCAGCAGCCUCAGGUGGUCUUCCUUCAGCCUGUGGUCUCCCGCCAAACCUCCAAGGAGGCGUCCCGACAUAGGCGCCCCAAGAAGUAUCUUCCCAUCCUCAAGUCCUACCCCAAGAUCGCGCCGCAUCCCGGCGACUCUUCUUCCUCCUCCUCCUCCUCAGGGAGGGGAACAGUCUCUUCUUCCUCCUCCACCUCUUCGUCUUCUUCCUUGUCUUCUUCUUCGGCGUCAGGGUCUCAGCGGGAGCCGAGCCAGAUCGACGGUCUUCCCGGAAGCCAAGACAACGUGCGACCGCCGCAGACCCGGCUCAGCGAGGCGCCUUCGCCGGCCAUCGACUCGUCGGAAUUCCCGCCGCCGGCCGAACGCGAGCCAGACGAUGACGUGGGCGACACUAGGAGGAAGCGCUUCUGCAACACGUAUAACAUCCUGAGCAAAUCGGGCCUCCUGGACAUCACGCUGCGAACCAAGGAGCUGCUGCGCCAGAACCGCCGCACCCAGACGGAUCUCGACCGCCUGCGGGAGCACACCGAUCUCUUCCUGCAGGCGCUGCGCAGUGGCGACGCCGGCAUCUGCGCCAAGCUGCAAGCCAGCCUUCAGGAGGAGGACGGGAAACGGACGACGCUCGCCGGGUUAAAGGACGAUUAG